AUGAGUUUCCAGGCUUUGGCACGAGUGGUGCCCACACUUCUUCUGCUCCUUCUUUUCAACUUGGAUCUGAUCUCCGCAGCACCUCCAGUCUUCGCCUAUCCCCCAGGCACGGUGCAGAAUGCGAAGCGGAAUGUCACGCAGGCGUUCAAAGACGCGAUGACGCUUGCAAAGGUCGUCACCAUAACAGCCACCGACUGUGAUCCGGCAUUUCUGCGGUAUUUCCAGCCCCAAGACUACACGUUCGUGCAGCGGAUGUUCCGCACGAUCGCCAACAUCGACCUGUUCAUGGACAUCAACGCGCAGGACAUCCCGCAGCUGCUCUCGUCGUCCAACUCGGCGGCGGCGUGGAAUCCGGACUUCGUCGCCCUGUGCAUCGCGUACGGCGACAACCCGUUCAACCCGGCCGGCAACGGUGGCCGCUCGUGCGUCGGCGGCGACAACGCCUACACCAUCUACGACCCCGGGCCGACCGCGCGCUUCUCGGGCCUGAUGUCCCUGUGCCCGGGGUCGGGGCUGUUCCAGUACCGGCUGUCGCUGCGCGACACGGAGAGCCCGCCAGCGUGGGGACGGGUGGGCGGCGACCCCAACGGCGCCCCCUUGGCCGGGUUCGGGUGCGACGGGCUCGGCGACCGCGACACGGCGUACAUGAAGGUGAUCGGGUCGACGGUGCUGCACGAGCUGUUUCACUGGCCGUGGAUGUUCCUGAGCGUGCCGGACUACGCGACCGCCAUCCCGGACCACGACCACCGCAUCUGGGACUACGACGGGCCGUGGGUGUCGGGCGCCUAUGGGCCCUGGAACGCCCUGCGCAUCAACCAGCUCCCUGCCGACCCGCGCUCCGGCAUGUCCCAGUCCCUCCAGAACGCCGACAAUUACGUGUGGUACGCCCUCUCCCGCUACUGGUCCUUUCGCUGCGGCAAGGUCUUUGGGCCGGCCCUGUCGGCGGACGACAACUACAAUCUCGCCUCGAGGCAGAGGGGGCCGGGGUGA